AUGGUGUGGGCGCCGGAGAGCGCCACCAGGUCCUCCUGGCUCAGCCCCUUCUUGGCGAAGAGACCGAUGAGUUCGUCCAUGGUGGAGUUGGAGCGGGGUAGGUUGAACUUCACCCAGGCUGCCUGGGAGACUCUGCUGUCCCUUCUCCCCUUCUUCACGGCAUAG